UGCUCGAAACUGGGAAAGUCGCCCAGCCUCCGCCUGUAGGAUGAACUACACCUGGGAGAGCGGGCUGUGAGCAUUAAACGACAGCAUUGCGGCAAAGGAAAGGAUAGAAACCCGCGGUGUUGUGGCUGCUGUCCGGUGUUUGUGUGUUUGUGUGUUUUAAAGUCGUUUAUCCAGCGACUUCACACUGGGCUCUUUGUUUUAGCUAGCCAUACGUUAGCUCCUUCCGGAAAACAACCUUCACACAGAAAAUCAGGAUGAAGACAUGGAGAUAACACUUUUUGACUCUGGGCCAUUAUUUCACUGUUCGAAUGGAUUUUAGCUUCGGACAUGCAGAUGUAGACUCAUGAAACACAGUUUUUAAGGAGGUAAGAAGACGCAGAUCUUUUCCAAAGAGAAAGAAGUUUGGACGGAGCUCAGCCAAUGGCUACAACGGAAGCUAAAGUUGCUGGCAGCAGUUGCGCUGCAGGUCUGUCAUGGGCACGGGUCUGUAAGGAGUGUGGCCAGCAGCACGAUGGCCUUGAAAGCCACCUGUACGAGUACCAGGACGAUGUGGACGAUGAACUGGUUUGCCACAUCUGUCUGCAACCUCUCCUCAAACCUAUGGACACCCCGUGCGGUCACACCUAUUGCUUUCAUUGUCUGAGCAACUUCUUGAAAGAGCAGGACUUCUGCCCUGUGGACCGCCAGCGGCUGCAGUUGCACCAAUGCCGUCCCUCCAGCCUGCUGGUCAGAAACCUGCUGGACAAGCUGACUGUGAUGUGCCCACACUAUGCAGAGUGUCAGCAGCAGAUGCAGCGCUGUGAAUUGCAGCCUCACCUGCACAACAGAUGUCCUGUUUUUAAAAGACUGAGGGAGGAAGCGGAGAAGAGGAAGAGGCCCUCAUGGAAUGAGCUAAAGGGACGUAAGGGUGACGGGGAGUCGUCUGGUGAUGCUAAACAUUCAGCAACUCUGUCCCGAAAUCCCACCCGAGAUCAGCCUGAGCCCGGGCUGAUUAAUCCUGCCUAUGAAGAAAGUGAGGAUGACAACACCCCCCUGCGGUCCAGUCUGGUGGCCGAGGCCAAUGUGGUAGAGCUGUUCAGAGAGGAACCGGAGGAGGAGCUGGGCCUUCGCAUCGUGGGGGGGAAAGACACACCACUGGGGAACAUAGUCAUCCAGGAGAUUGUCAGGGACUCGCUAGCAGCACGUGAUGGCAGACUGGCCCCAGGGGAUCAUAUCUUAGAGGUGAAUGAUGUCAGUUUGGCUUCAGUCCCCCACGCCCGGGCCAUCACAGUGCUGCAGCAGCCUUCCCUCCUCAGGCUCACCGUUAUGCAGGAGAAAGGCUUCAAAUUAAGGGAUCCACGGUCUGAUCAUCACCCUUCCUCUUCCGCUACUACCACUGCCUCCCAGCCCUCUCACAGUCCCCAUGGCAACGCUACCUCCAAUCACAACCCCGGCACAGUCCUGCAGGUGACGCUAAUGAAGAGCCAGCGCAGCGAACCGCUUGGCAUCAAACUUAUCCGCAAAUCAGAUGAGAGUGGGGUUUUUAUCUUGGACCUGCUGUCUGGUGGUUUGGCGGCCAAAGACGGAAAGCUGAGGAACAAUGACAAGGUGUUGGCCAUCAACGGACACGACCUGAGGCAUGGCACACCUGAGAGCGCUGCCCAGAUCAUACAGGCGAGCGAGAUGCGUGUGAACUUUGUGGUGAUGAGACCUGCAGAGACUCAAGAAGAAGGAGGAAGCAGCAGCAGAGCAGCCAGGAGGCCUGAGCCACAGUACUUCAGACGCCGCUCCACCUACAUGAAGGAUCCUCCAGGUGGGUUCUCCAGCCAGGAGAAGACUGUGAGCCUGAAGAAGGAGCCUCGGCUCUCCCUGGGCAUCACCAUUGCUGGGGGGAGGGACUGUCGCAGUCGCCUGCCAGUUUAUAUCACAAGUGUGCAGCCUGUCGGCUGUCUGCACCGAGAUGGCACCAUCAAAAGAGGCGACGUCCUGCUGAGCAUCAACGGUGUUGAUCUGACCCAGUUGACCUACAACGAGGCGGUUUCUGUGCUGAAGGCUCAGACAGCUCAGUCCCAGGUCGUGCUCCGUGUUAUCCAGACCCUUUCUGAGGACUCAGAGGAGGACACUGAUGCUUCCAACAAGGACGAACUGGACCCUGUGGACGACUCACGAGACGAUACCCUGUGGACACCGCUGUGGACUCGCUGGCUGGGAUUACCAAGCCACAUGCACUGGUGCCGGGACAUCGUCCUGCAGAAGACUAACAAUGAGAGCUGGGGCUUCAGUAUAGUGGGGGGCUACGAGGAGAGCCACGGCCAGCAGCCUUUCUUCAUCAAAACCAUUGUGCCUGGUACACCUGCUCACUUUGACGGACGCCUCAAGUGCGGCGAUGAGAUAGUGGCAGUGAACGGAGCCACAACAGUGGGAAUGAACAACUCUUCUCUCAUCCCCAUGCUCAAGCUGCAGAAGAAUAAAGUCACAAUGACUGUGGUGUCCUGGCCUGGGAGUCUUGUGUAGCAAAACACACUUUUCUUACUUUCGCCCUCUUAGUUGAUCACAUGCACACGUGUCCUGUUCUGCUGCAUUCAUGACUCACCGUCUCCUCCAUAUGUAAAUCCUUCUUGUCUCUUGAUGGGUUGUGUAAUACAGAAUGUGUGUGUGUGUGUACAAUGGAAAUCCCAAGCAUAGUCUGUUUGUUUCAGUGGCAGACGAUCGCACAAACUGGGUUUAAUCAGGGUGCAAAAAAUGAUGACAAUCAGUGAAUCAUAUGUUAAGGGCAAACUGGAAGGAAAGUAGUUCUUUGAACACCUUUUGAUCCUUUUUUGAAUACUUCAUGUAUUUUUUUACUUUCCUGUUACUGUUAAUUAUAAUUUGGUAGUCAACUUGAUUCAAGUGAUUCACAUAAACAGAAUCCAAAGAUGAAAUGUAGUGCUUACAGUAUAUAAAGACAGCUGUGAUGAAGAAUUAUAGAGGACUACAUGUAACAAACUGGCUGCUGACUGUACAGACUGACGCCAAAGACAGAAAAAUCAUCCUUUCCUGCAUCUUUUCUUUUGUCCCACUUGUGUGAUUUCAUCAACUUUAUUUACUUUACAUCUGCACAUGCGUGCAACAAACUGACAUUAGGGAGACUUGACCCUGGUUUUAACAGGGAGGUUGGCAAAAAGCCAAAUGACUUAAAAUCAUCAUCUGGUUUGACAGAGGUUCAGUCUAAAGGGGCUUAAAGAGUCUGAAAGAUCCACAAAAAGCCACAAAAAUAAUUAGUAAAAUCUUGCACAGUCUGAAACUUAACAGGAAACCUGCAUUUAAUCAGAGUUGCAUCGGUGGGAAACAGCUUGGCUCCGAGUUUUUCAACAGAAAAGAAACUUGGACACGCCUGUUGUUUAAAGUUGUGAGCUGUUCUGUAGAAGCAAAUAAUUCUGUGAUGAAUGUUUGGUCUUAAUCUAUAAAUAAGACAUUUAGCAUCUUUUGGUUUAUUAAUCGAUACAUGAUCUGUAUUUAUUUUUCAAAUGAUAUAGUGGCUCAUACUGAAUGACUUUGAUAAGCGGGUGCCCUGAAGGAAAAACCAGAAUGUAUACUUGCCUUAAAUUUCCACUGUACCAAAUUGUGUUUCCUCUCAUCGUUUCCUCUCAUUAUAUACAGUUUAUACAAAAGGGAGAAUGGCCUUGUUCAGAUACAUUUGUGUUACCUCGUUCUUUUUGUGUCAACACAUUCCCGGUGGCCUUUCUUGUAUCUUGAUUGAUACGAGACAAUAUAUACAGUAUAUACAGUAGGUAGUGUGCAUAUAGCCUGUCCACUGUUUCAUUAUGUUCAAUAAAAUCAUAACAAAUCA